UUCUACGAAAAGAUUUUUCUUUGAGCGACUUUACAGCUUAAGAGAGGCCCAGAGCGACUUCUUCACUUCAGGACACAGUUUGCGCGAAAAGAGACUGUACACCAUGAUGCUACUUGCGGACCUGCUCCAGUCACGGUGGGACGUAUGCGGUUUGCUGAAGCUGGCUGCGGUGUUCCUCUGCCUGUGUUGGCUGUGGAGACCCCGUCACCUCCCGCCUGGACCCGUCAACUGGCCCCUUCUGGGCAACUUUCUCAGUCUUACACAGGAUGAGCCUAUGUUGCUGAUGACCUGGGCCCGGCAGUAUGGGGAUGUCUUUAUGUACCACGUCGGCAGUCGGGCGGUGGUGGUUCUCAACGGGUACAGGACCAUUCAGCAGGCCCUGGUCAAACAAGCCGAGGACUUCUCCAGCAGACCCUACAUGCCCAUCACAGCACAGAACUCACAGAAGAAAGGUGUCAUCCACGUACCGUAUAGUCCCUUCUGGAAGCAACACAGAAAGCUCACUCUGCUGAAAAUGCGAGAAAUCGGAGUCGACAAGCCCGUCUUGGACCAGAAGAUCGCUGCAGAAGGCAAGUGCCUGGUACAAGAAAUCCUUAAGAAAGACGGCAAACCGUUUAACAUGACCAAGAUAAUCCAAACGGCCGUUUCUAACAUCAUAUCCACCAUGCUGUGUGGUACAAGGUACGAGUACGACCAUCCGGGCUUUCAACGGUUCAUCGCCAACGUCGCUUUGAAUUUCAAAUUUUCCCGCCUUUCCAUGCUGCCCAAUCACUACCCGUGGACCAAGUGGGUCCCGGGUCUCAACACGGAGUUUAACCAAACUCUGGAGUGUAAUCAAGAAAUCAGGGAUCACAUCCGGGAACAACUUGUAGAACACGUGACGUCAUUCGACCCCAGCAACAUCCGGGACUUCAUGGAUGCAUACCUGGAUGAGAUACGUCAUCAAGAUGACAAGAAUUCUACUGUCAACGAAGAUCAGCUAGUACAGGUGAUCAGAGACAUGUUUGUAGCGGGUAUAGAGAACAUUGCGACCGCACUACGCUGGGCUCUGCUGUACUCCGUCCUGUACCCGGACAUACAGGCCAAAGUUCAGGAGGAGAUAGACCAAGUCCUUGGAGGGGGUGGCACUCCUACUAUGGCUGACCGGAAAAAGAUGCCGUACACCGAGGCCACCAUAGAAGAGGUACUCCGGUACGCCACAGUGGCCCCUCUCACCGUGGACCAUGCUACCAGCAGGGACACCACACUCAAUGGAUACUACAUUCCAAAGGAUACGUUGGUGCAGGUGAACCUGUGGUCAGUCCACCACGACCCGGACAUCUGGACCGAACCGGAGAAGUUCGACCCCAGACGCUUCCUGGACAACACUGGACAGUUCCAGAAGAAGGCCGAAAAUAUCCCGUUCUCUCUGGGACGCAGGAUAUGCCUUGGAGAACGUCUGGCUCGUGCGGAGCUGCUGCUGUUAUUCAUCUUGCUGCUGCAGCACUUCAACUUCAAGCUGCCAGAGGGCGCUACACGACCACCGGAAAAGGGUGUUUUCGGCAUCACGUACAACCCCGUGGAUUUUGAUGUGGUGGCAGUGCCGAGGGUCGCUGACACGUAAAUAAACUUAACAUGGACGAAGUGUCUGAACCUUUGAAUCUGUAAACAGGUUCGACAGGGUUAAUGUUAACAAAUUUCUAAGGUUGGCUGACGUAAACGUAAAAUGUCUGAACCUUCAGAAUUUGACAGGGAUCGUGUCAACAAAUUUUUGAUGCUAAGUGUCAAACCAAUUUUAACCAUUAUACAAUGUAUACUGUAUUAGAUUGUAUGGGUUUAAGUUUAAGUUUUAUAGUGAUGACUUCAGUUUACAGUCACAAGUCAACUUUGGGUCAACUUAAUAAUCAGUCUGUAUUUUAUCUAAGUUUAGUUAUGAUGUCAUGAGCCAAUGUUUGCUCCCUUUGUUUCUCUAUUCCCGAAUAAGUUAGAUUUCCUUCAACUGUAGUGGAACUAGGUGUAUUUAGAAUGGAGGUUAAGGUUAUGUUAAAUGUUCAGAAUAAAUGUGUUACCCAUUUUA